AUGAUACAACACUCGUCACAGUUUACAGUAGCAGAAAGAACACAACGGGAUGUCAGCAAGCCGGUUCCCAUCGACCAGCUUGUGACUCCUGGAAUCUCACUCAACUCUUUAGUCUACAACACCAAUGGCUAUGUCAAGCUGACUCUGGAUGUUGUAGUUUCCCAUCUAUCCAGUGGAGUCCAGACUUUCAUGCUUGAUCUUUAUUGGAACGAAUUCACCCACAUAUGGCAGCUUUGUCCCGCUCCGUUCCCGUCAAACGUCACUAAUAGCCUAGACGACGUCGUGGACCUAUAUUGGAACGGACAGCAGUACCGUUGCGAGGUGGGAUUAACUGUAGACCAGUUGAUGAACUCUAUCGCAUCAUUUAUUUCUUCGACUCACACGAAUUUGGAAGUCAACCUCCUUGAGCUUCUCAUCAAUUUAAAGACUAUUCUGGCCACAACUUCCAACAAGACGUCAGUAACAACAUCGACGUAUACGUCUUCGAAUCCAGCUUUCAAUGCUCUUGGAAACUCGACGUUGGCUAACACCUUUGCCUCGCUCGGCUCGUAUGUGUUCAGUCCGUCGGACUUGGCAACCUACAGAACCUCACAGAUGCAAAACCAGGAGUAUUCGUCUUUCUACAACCAGAGCACAAAUUCCCUUCCACUGUUAGACACGGUGCUCUUCUCGUAUUUCAAACGUAUUUUCAUCAACAUCGUAACAGUAGACUUGCACUCGUCAGCUAACUCAUACUCCUUCUCAUCUGCCGAUAAUAGUACUGUGUUCUUUCUGAGCAUGGAUUUGGCCAGCACUAUAGUUUCCAACUCCAAUUCAGAAGUGCUUUCUAACUGUGACGAAAUCAACACUUCUCCCGUUUUCAACAUUACCACAUUCGAUAAAUUAUCGCUAGCUACACAUUUCAGAUAUGUUAUUGAUGAAGAUGGCUAUCCAUUUACAAAUGACACGUACUCGCAGUACUUGAGGUGUGGAUACUCACCUAUCUUGAAUGCUACACAGUACCAAAUCCCCAAUCUAAACAAUGUACUGACUUCGAAUAUUCUGGCUAUAGCAGACACAUUCAUGCCCAUUUCGUUCUGGUCUUGGGCAAAAGGUGAACCUAGAGCUCCUAGCUCGUACAAUUUAAACUCAACCAAUUCCAAUUACACAUUGGCAGAGUCGGAUUCGAACUAUGAUUCUUCUGCGGAUGGUUCACAAGUUGCAUAUCAAUGUGUAGCUGUGAAUGAAAAUGGCUGGACGGUGCAAAACUGCUAUAGAGCACUUCACUAUGCUUGUCAGAACGAUGAGUCACCCAACGAUUGGAUUAUCCCAAAAGAGAAAAAACAAUACUUUGAAGCUUACAAGGAUCUAACUUGUCCCGAAGGCUACAGGUUCAGUUUACCGUCGCUGAGUGUAGAAAUGAUGUCGUUACAGAAUUCCAUUCGGAUUCAGGAGGCUAUAUAUCCUGUCUGGAUCGAUCUCAACGACAUUACUGUCAGUAAUUGUUUUGUUUCUGGAGGACCUUAUGCUGAAUGUCCUUAUCAAAGGACUGUCAGUGAAGCUGGUUUGGCAGGGUUGAUCGCUCCUAGUUUUGUUGUAGCUGUAGUUGUUCUUUUCUUGGUGUUUUUGGAAAAGAUAUUCCGCGUCAACCCUAUCCAGACCAAUAGAAGACGGUAUUGGAAGAGAGUGAUUGUAGAAUAUAACAAAAAACAUGACUAUGAGGGUGUUCCAUCCUAG